AUGAAUAAUGAAGAUGCGACAGAUGCGUGCGUUGGGGAUGACAUUUACAUUACUAAAUUCCAGCUUCGUACCGACAAAUUCCGAACCUUGAAUGAGAGUACAUGGUUUUAUCAGGGCAAUAUUAAUUGGCAAGCCACGGCGACAGAAGUAGAAAUGGUUGGAAUACAAGAGUAUAGAAUGAAGACGGGUUUUGUUGUUGAAACGAGGAAAAGGGGAAAGGAUGGGAAGACAGGUUCAAUUCGAGUUAUUGCUUUUGGAAUGGAGCGGACUUCGGUCCUUUAUAAACGUCAGUGUGUAGAAGUGGAUUGGGACAACUUAAAGAAGGGAAUGUUUAUUGAUGUAGCAUUGGCACCCAUUGAGGAAGGAUGGUUAAUUGGUCCGAACUAUAUUUUACCUCCGGGAUGUAAUUUCCGACUUGGAACAGAAGUUCAUUUGAGGGUGAAUGGCGUUGGACAGCAGCGUCUGGCAUUCCAAGAGUCUUCCCGAUAACUCAACAAUAC